AUGCGGACUUCUCUGCUCGUGUGCUGCGUCCUUGCGCUGCAAUGCCUCCCGAGCGCGCGCUGCCUCCCCGCGCGGGGAUCCGGCGGCUACAAAGUGGCACCGGUCUCUGAAAAGUUCCCCGACCUGAAGAAGAGGGGGAAGCUUCCUCACGUUCAGGACUUAGUAAAAGAGGCGAGUCGGCCGACCAACGCCUCCAACGCGUGGAAUCGCCCUCGCUGUGGCGUACCGGACUACCCGGCCCACAAGGAGGCGCAUCAUCACCGGGGGCGACACCGCCAGAGACGCUUCGUCCUGUACGGAGGACGCCUGGAGAAGACGGACCUCACCUACAGGAUCGUCCGGUUCCCGUGGCAGAUCGGCGAGGAAAAAGUCCGCCGCGUCUUCCGGGAGGCGCUGAAGAUCUGGAGCGACGUCACGCCACUCACCUUCACCGAGGUCCGCGGCGAGAAGGCCGACAUCCGCAUCGACUUCACGAGGUACUGGCACGGAGACAACCUCCCCUUCGACGGCCCGGGUGGGAUCCUCGCUCACGCCUUCUUCCCCAAAACGCACCGACAGGGCGACAUCCACUUUGACUACGACGAGUCGUGGACGCUCGGGAACCACAUGGGUACAGACCUCCUCCAGGUGGCGGCCCAUGAGUUCGGGCACGUCCUUGGCCUGCAGCAUUCCCGUGAGCCGGGCGCCAUCAUGUCGGCGUACUACUCCUUCUCCUACCCGCUGAGGCUGAGCGAGGACGACAAGCGAGGCAUCCAGUACCUGUACGGCACUCGUCCGCAGGUCCCGCCCUCAACGCCGCCGCCGCCGCCUCCACCACCGCCGCCGCCACCGCCGCCGCCACCGCCACCCUCGAACCCGGACACCAAUGAGAUCAUCAGGAAUCCCGACGCUUGCCAGACGGACUUCGACGCCGUGUCGGUGAUCCGCGGCGAGCUCUUCUUCUUCAAGUCGGGCUACGUGUGGCGCAUCCGGGACGGGCGCCUGGAGGCCGGCUACCCGGCGCUGGCGUCCCGUCACUGGCGAGGGAUCCCUGACGCCAUCGACGCCGCCUUUGAAGACGAGUCGGGGAACAUUUGGUUCUUUAAAGGUGAGAACUACUGGGUGUUCGAUGCCGAGAUGCAGAUUAAAGGGCCGGAGUCCAUCAGGUCUUUGGGUCUGUCGAUGUCCGGCAUCCAGGCGGCGCUGCGCUGGGGCCACGACGCCAACUUCAACACCUACUUCUUCAAGUCGGGCAGCUACUGGAGGUUCAGCCCCCGCGGCCGCCGCGUGGAGUCGGCGUAUCCGCGCAGCAUGCAGGACUGGAGCGGCAUCCCCGAAGACGUGGACGCCACGUUCAGGGACGCCUACGGCUACGCUCACUUCAUCCGAGGGCGACAGUACUGGAAGUUCGACCCCGUGGGCAUGAACUCUCUGGAGGGAUACCCGCGCUACAUCGGCGUGGAUUUCUUCGGCUGUAGGAACGCGUGAGUCUCUCGUUUGUGGAGAAUCACGUCAACGGUAUUUUUUUAUAGCCCACCACGAAGACGAUUUUUUUGAGAGCUUUAAGUCCGUCUUCGCUUCACUUCCAGUUCUACCUUCUUCUCAGGAAAAAAGCCAACUUGUGUUUCCUCGGCACCUCCUGUGCAGAUAUAGUCGUAUUUAUUUUUCACAUUGCUGGUAAAUGUCUUCCCUGCCCCCCCUCAUCCCUUCCUGUCCUUGAGCCUGAAAUUGAGAUUUUCAACCUUUUUUGAAGGUUUUUUCAUUUUGAAACGUAUGUUUUUUUUUCUUCAUCAUAAACAAACUCUCUGAUCCCGAAGUGUCUGAAAAGUGACGUCAAACACAAAGCUGCAGUUUUUGUCGUAACUUUGGGCUUUUAUUAGCUAUUAUUAACAUCCCGCUAGGCCGUUUUAUUAAUUUGUGGGUUUUCGGGUCCUGAGUCAAGUCUCUCAGGCUUUAGCGAAAUAUUUAGCAUUUCAUUUUAACAAAAACAAACACAAAUAAAUGUGAGAUUCCAUCAACUAUAAUAUAUAUAUAUAUAUAUUAUAUGAUAUUAUAUAAUAUUAGGAGUUUUCCACUGCAGCCAAACCUGAAAACAAAAUGGAUGCAAUAUUUUGAGGAUAGUCUGGAUAAUUUAAAAAAAUGGAGGAAGCUGUCGUAUUCGCCAUAUCUUAACAUAAUCUUGUUAAGUUUAUUUUGAGAUGUUAACAUCCAGCUGCUUAUUGGAUGAAGAAGGAAGAUGACGUCACUGGUUUGCAGGCUGGUUUUAAGAAAGGGUCCAGGGCGCCAUCUAGAGGGCAACGCGAGGUGCUCCCUCAGAGUGUCGCGAUGUUACUCGAAGCUGUUCUCAGGUCAGUGUGACGCGUUCAGGGACAGCAGUUCAGAACUACUUUGAGGUGCUUUUACUUAACUUUAAACUACUCCGCCACAAUAACAACUCUUAAGAAUACAUUUUGUUUACGAACUGUUGCAGUAAAAAAUACUUUACCAUUUCACACCAACAGGAAAUGAUUAAAUACUUCUCAUUUGUCCUCAAUUCACUCUUGUGUUUUCCGGUGGUGAACAGCUCCUCCACUUCCUGGACGCAUUGCAUUCUGGGAGAAUAGAUUGACCAAUCUUAGUAUGAAUGCUGUCUGGUUUCAUUUAGUCUCUUUUCAGACUCAGCACCUUUGUCUGGUAACUUAAAACAACAAUAACAAUCUCCUCCACCGUUGAUGGUUCAGUGGUAAUAAUUUAAUAACGUGAUAUAUUAGAAUAUAUCAUUCAAAGGGUCAUUUUACUGAAGACUAAGUACUUUUACUUAGAAGAAAACUUAAAACGGUUGGAGACACUUUUCAGAUAGAUUAUGAUCAUUUACGCACAAACAAAACCAACUGUGAAAUAAAAUGGAAAAGAUGACGAAUUUAACUGUAAUUACCCAUAAACUCAUAUCUCAUAUUCACAAGCUACUUCAUGGCCUUCAUACCGAGAACAAAGACAAGUAUUAAAAGCAUUAAAACAUAAAUAAUAAAAAGGUUAAAUGUCCUGAAAAUGUGUUGAUUCGGCUGCUUAAUAUUGACUGAAAUGUAGAUUUCUCGCUAGUAGGGGGCAUAACACAACAUGUAGAAAUCAAAAGGUUAAUUUACUUAUAUUUCAGAUGUUUUUUGGGGUGAAUACUUUCUCGAGAGUUUGAGGAUCUCCCGGAUCCGACGAGCCCCGUGUCCCGACCUCUUGGAGGUGUCCGACCCCCCGGGUUGAGAACCCCCGGGCCAGAUGUUAGUUGUUCAGUGCAGGACGCUGAAGAGUCGUUUACGUUUCCACCGUUAAGACUUUGUUGUUAUUGUUGUUGUAGUUGUUUUACUCAUUUCUGCAACUCAAGUGUACAUACAUGUCUUUAUUAUUAAUGUUUUGUUUUUUACUCGUAUGUAAACCCUGUAACUUGAAAUGUAUGAACUGCAUAUUGUUUUCUUAUUAAUAAAACCAUAACCUUUUUACCAAACCAGA